GCCGACGCAGCGCCGCCGCCGCCGCCCGGCCGCGCCGUCCCGUCCCGUCCCGUCCCAUGGCGGGCUACGCGCCGCGCCUGCCCUGGCUGCUGCCGCUGCUGCGCCGCGCGGGGCCGCCCGCCGGGGCCUGGCCCGGGGCCGCGGCCCGCUGCGCCGCCGCCCUCCGCGCCCCGCGCCGCUCCGCCAGCAGGUGCGGGCCGCCCGCGCCGCCGCCGGGGCCGCCCGCGCCGCCGCCGGGGCCGGGGCCGGGGCCGGGGCCGGGGCCGGGCCGCCGCCGCCCGCCGCUCUGGGCGCCGAGCAGCGCCCCGCGCGCGCUGAGCGCCGCCGCCGCGGCCGGGGCCGGGGCCGGGCCGCCGCGGGGGGCGCCUGCCGCCGCCGCCCCCUGCUUCGAGGCGAGGAGGCUGCUGGCGCUGGCGCGGCCGGAGCGCGGCAGGCUGACAGCUGCUGUUGGCUUUCUGACAGUUUCCAGUGUCAUUACCAUGUCAGCCCCUUUCUUUCUGGGGAAAGUUAUUGACAUUAUUUAUACAAAUCCCAGUGGAGACUUCACUGACAGUCUGACCAGCCUCUGUGCCUUACUGAGUGGGAUCUUUCUAUGUGGUGCUGCUGCUAAUGCUACACGUGUCUACCUCAUGCAGACUGCAGGACAAAGAAUUGUGAAACGUUUGCGAGCAACUAUGUUCUCCUCUAUUCUAAAGCAAGAAACCGCUUUCUUUGACAAGACCAGAACAGGAGAGCUGAUAAACCGCUUAUCUUCAGAUACAGCCCUCUUGGGCCGUUCGGUGACUGAAAACCUUUCUGACGGGCUCAGAGCAGGAGCGCAGGCAUCCGUGGGGAUUGGGAUGAUGUUUUUUGUGUCUCCUAACCUGGCUGCAUUUGUUUUGAGUGUUGUGCCACCCUUGGCUGUUGUGGCUGUGAUUUAUGGAAGAUACUUGCGAAAACUUACUAAGGUGACCCAGGAUUCCCUAGCAGAAGCAACACAGUUAGCUGAAGAGCGCAUUGGAAACAUAAGAACAGUUCGAGCUUUUGGGCAAGAAAUGGCUGAAAUGGAGAAAUAUAGAAGCAAAGUCGAUUAUGUACUACAGUUGGCUAAAAAAGAGGCACUAGCUCGGGCAGGCUUCUUUGGAGCAACUGGGCUUUCUGGAAACUUAAUUGUCCUCUCCGUCCUGUACAAAGGAGGGUUACUGAUGGGCAGUGCCUACAUGACAGUUGGUGAACUCUCUUCUUUCUUAAUGUAUGCUUUCUGGGUUGGAAUAAGCAUUGGAGGCCUAAGUUCCUUUUAUUCUGAACUAAUGAAAGGAUUAGGUGCUGGUGGACGUCUGUGGGAGCUUAUUGAAAGGAAGCCCCAACUUCCAUUUAAUGAGGGAAUCAUAUUAAGCAAAGACACAUUCAAAGGUGCUUUGGAAUUCAAGGAUGUUGAGUUUGCAUACCCAACACGUCCAGAAACAUCCAUUUUCAAAGAUUUUAGCCUCUCCAUUCCAGCUGGCUCUGUUAUGGCUCUGGUUGGCCCAAGUGGUGCAGGGAAAUCAACUAUUGUAGCCCUCCUGCUGAGGCUGUAUGAUCCUAUCUCAGGUAUUAUCACUGUUGAUGGCUUUGAUAUCCGCCAGUUAAAUCCACUGUGGUUCAGGACAAAAAUUGGAACAGUGAGUCAGGAACCAAUUCUGUUCUCCUGUUCUAUUGCUGAAAAUAUUGCCUAUGGUGCAGAGGAUCCUUCUACUGUGACUGCAGAAGAGAUUCAGAAAGUUGCAGAAAUAGCUAAUGCUGCUAAUUUUAUCAAAGAUUUUCCAAAAGGAUAUGACACUGUAGUUGGCGAAAAAGGCAUUCUACUUUCAGGUGGACAAAAGCAACGAAUUGCGAUUGCUCGAGCUCUACUCAAGAAUCCUAAAAUUCUUCUGUUAGAUGAAGCAACAAGUGCGUUGGAUGCUGAAAAUGAAUACCUAGUGCAAGAAGCUCUAGAUCGGCUAAUGGAGGGGAGGACAGUCUUAAUUAUUGCUCAUCGUCUGUCUACUAUUCAGAAUGCUGAUUUUGUUGCAGUUCUUGGCCAGGGCAAAAUUAUUGAAUGUGGAAAACAUGAGGAACUACUUGCAAAUCCACAUGGACUUUUCAGGAAAUUAAUGCAAAAGCAAGCUUUUCUUCAGAAUAGUGAUCCUUUUGCAUUAGACAUACAAUCCAGAGAAAAGGAUGUAUUAGAAAAAAAUAUAUGAGAGAAUGUAUGAAUUAUGAAAGCUUAUAACUACAAAGGAUAUAACUUAUGUUUCAGUUAUGUAAAGUAAAUGUUAUAUUUUUCCAAAAUGUACAAAAUAUCCUUUUGAAACUUAAAUGUGUUUAAACUUUUUAUUGAAAGCUUUUUAAUAAGUAUUAUAACUUUUUAAAAUGUCUAUCACAUUGAGAUCAUUUCAUUUCUGCCCUAUGUUGUCUUGAGACCAUUUAGAAUCUUCUUUCCUAUGAUGCGCUGUAUGAUGCUGUGCUGCAUUCUCAAGUAUGUUCAGUACAUUAAGGGUAAUUAAACAACAGAAUCUGAUCAUUUUGAUCUUGCUGUCUCCUCCCUUAUCAAGGAACUCUUGUCUUCUGUGCUCGUCACUCGUUUUAAAUAACUGGAAGUCAAAAAGGCGUGCCACGAAUGUUCUCUGAAAGUUCUGUUGCUGACUUCCACUGCAUCAUCUUUCAUUAUCAUUUUGCUCAGAAAUGGAAAAGUUGAUUAUGAUCACCACCUGCAGUAACUGUAGAGAAUUACAUGAGAGAACUCGUUUUUAUUAAAGAGUAUAGAAGUAUAAGUUGGAGAACUCUUAAAAACUUUUUUUUGUCCUUUAAAUAUAUGGACAAAGAAAAUGUAUUUUUUACUGACUAUUAGUUCAGCAUAGGAAAAUCUGAAAUUUGCAUGCAUUUUUCUUCCCUUCUCUAUUCUGCCAGUUCUUUAGUUUCACUCCCCUCCCAAGAUGAUCUCCAAAAGAGCAUAUUCUUAUCUAUGUAUGUUUUUGUCUUUUUUGCUUGAGGCAUAUAUAAGUGUGUUUUCACUGUUAUUUAAAAGUUCAUUCAUAGAAAUUCCUUUUUUUUUCCUAACUCCCUUGUCUCACCUUUUCAAGGACAACUAGUGAAAUAAAUAACAUAAUGUUAAUUUGAAUAACUGCAGGAGGCAGUGUUUGGCAUUGAAGAACAAGCUCCAUAUUUGUAAAUUUAAAAAGCCUCUUCAAUAAAAUCUCCCUUUAUCCUUUCUGAAGAUUUAAAACCCCAAAAUGUCAUUCUAAAAGGCAGGAAACCUUACCAUUUCUAUUCUCAUCUAUUGUAGGAAAUCUACUUGUUGCUGAAAAAAAUCUGUUGGCAAUAGAUGAGAUACCUGCUGUGGGGCAAACUUAAAAUGUUUCUCUAAUGUGCCAAUCCAAGCACUGGGUGGAACAUGGUGAAAACACACAAAAGAUCCCUGUGCUAUUGAAUGAAAAUAAAAUUACAUGCAGAUUCAAAUGUAUCAUCUGAUACAUUUCAUUACAGUGUUACCAGCAGCAGAGAUUGUAUUAAAGAUAUGUCAAAAAUA